AUGCCUCCUCGUACGUCGGCUCGCAGGAAGGCGCAAGCUGUCGUCGAGACCAAGGUCGAGGAGAAGACCACCACCAAGGCGAACGGAUCCAAGAGCGCAACUGCUACUGCCGUCAAGACCAAGACCGCUGCAGUCCCCAAGGCCGCUCCGAAGCGCAAGGUCGAGUCGGACGACGAGCAAGAGGAGUGUGGCAGCUGCGCCGAAGAAGAGAAGCCUGCAAAGAAGAGGAAGACCGCCGCCAAAGGCAAGGCGAAGAAGGACGACGACAUGCCUCUCGCAGACAGAACAGCCGUUUCUUCGUUGAAAAAGGCGAUGUACAUCGGUGCUCAUGUGAGCGCUGCAGGAGGUGUGGAUAACUCGAUUCAGAAUGCCGUCAACAUCGGCGCCAACGCCUUCGCCCUAUUCCUCAAGUCCCAACGCAAAUGGGAGAGCCCGCCUCUCGCGGCCGACGCCAAGAAGAAGUUCCUCGAGCAGGCAAAGGCAAGCGACUACGACGCCGGCGCCCACGUCCUCCCGCACGGCUCCUACCUCGUCAACCUCGCGCAGGCAGACGCCGCCAAGGCGAAGCAGGCGUAUACCAGUUUCAUUGACGACCUUCAGCGCUGCGAGCAGCUGGGCAUCAAGCUGUACAACUUUCACCCAGGCAAUACGGGAGGCGAGGCGAGGGAGGAGGCAUGUGGGCGGAUUGCGGCGCAGUUGAACGCGGCGCAUAAGGCGACUAAGAGCGUCAUUACAGUGUUGGAGAAUAUGGCGGGCGCGGGAAACGUCAUCGGCACCAAGUUUGAGGAUUUGAAGGAGAUUAUCGACAAGGUUGAGGAUAAGAAGAGGGUGGGCGUGUGCAUUGAUACAUGCCAUGCGUUUGCGGCGGGCUACGACUUGCGGACGCCAGAGGUGUUUGGGGAGACGAUGAAAGAGUUUGAUGAGGUGGUAGGGAACAAGUACCUGAAGGCUUUCCAUCUCAACGACAGCAAGGCACCAUUUGCCUCGCAUCGUGAUCUCCAUGCCAACAUUGGCACCGGCUUUCUCGGUCUGCGGGCGUUCCACACACUGGUCAACAAUGACGCAUUCAAAGACAUGCCGAUGGUCCUCGAGACGCCCAUCGAUCGUAAGGACGAGAAUGGGAAGAGUGUCGAGGACAAGAAGGUGUGGGCGGACGAGAUCAAGCUGCUGGAGAGCUUGAUUGGCAUGAACGCGGAGAGCGACGAGUUUAAGGAGCUCGAGGAGAAGCUACAGAAGCAAGGAGCCAGCGAGAGGAGUAAGAUCCAGGAUCAGGUUGACCGAAAGGCUGCCAAGGAUUCGAAGAAGGGGACGAAGGGCGCGAAAAAGGCGCCUGCCAAGGGAAGGAAGAACAAGGUCGAGAGUGAUGAGGACAGCGAGUAA